AUCAAGUUGACUCCACAGCUGAAGCGAUUGCUAGCUAGCUGGUUUCGUCGUCGGUGUUUAUUAUGUGCGUUGUUUGUUCCAUUCUGUAUUCUUUCUUAAACGGCUUUUAUUUUUACAAUUAUUCGUAGUUGGAGGAAAAUGGAAGUUUGACCUGUCAAAUUGUGGAUAACAGAUAAUUUUUUCAUUUUAGAAGUCAAUCAGCAAAAACUUGAGUUGUAAGAUAUUAAAGUCUGUGUCUAUAUAUUAAAAAUAAAUUAUCACGUAGUCUAUCAGCAACUACUAUAGUAUCAAACGUCAGCAGCAAAAUUUUCAGAAAUGAGCAGUUAUUAAUUAUAUGCUACACGAAUUGGAAUCGUAAUUUUCCUACCCGUGAAAAGUGAAGUAAAGUGAAAAGUAAAAUAUAUUAAAAAUGAAUGUGCAGUAAAAAGUAAGACAUUUGUUGUGAAGUAAAAUGACGGCUAAAUUUUUGGCUGUAAAGGGUUGACCGAAUACUCCACAUAAUUUAAACACCAAACCUUAAGCUUAUAUGGUUUAAUAAAAACUUCGUUAUAAAAGAACUAUUUUUGAAAGAUUUUCAUACAUUUUUUAUGCGUUAUAUAUAUGUAGAAGUAUGCGUGUAACAUCAUACUGCCACAAUUGUAAGUUCCCAGAUAGUGACUACGUUUUUAUUCAAUGGAAAUUAUCAUUGUAUGUGGCAACAUGCUGAAAGUGAAAUAGAUCCACCAUAUAAUUGUUUACAUGAAAAUAAUAAUGCAAAACCAUUGAUUUAUAAAUUGGUACAAUUUAAAUGUUAUAAUAAGUCCUGAAAAAAUUACUCCAAACAUGAUGCAAUCAACACAAUCAACGCAUGGUGUUAGCUCUAAUCUCUAUCACCAAUUGGUGCAACGUGAAUUGAAUCUGUGGCCACAACGCAAUCCUCGAACAUUUACUGGGCAUUUAUAUACGGAACGCUAUCGAGUUGCAAAUAAUUUAUUCAAGACUGAUUUGCGAGCUCAUUACGGCUGUGUGAAUGCUAUAGAAUUUUCAAAUGGUGGAAGAUAUCUUGCAUCGGGCGGUGAUGACAAACGUGUACUUAUAUGGGAUGUUGAAAAAGCAAUUGCCCAUCAUGGACGUCCGCGCGUAUUGCAAACGGAACAUACCAGUAAUAUCUUCUGUUUAGGCUUCGAUCGUUGUAAUCGUAUUGUGUUAUCUGGUGGAAAUGAUGAUUUGGUAAUAGCACACGAUUUUGAGACCGGAAAACUUGUCAAUGUCUUCAAACACAACAAUCCUGUAUAUGGCUUAUCCAUUGAUCCCAAAUGUGAUAGUAUUUUUGCGACAGCAUGUGAAGAUGGACAAAUUUUGGUGUUCGAUCAACGUGUGGACACGGCCGAUCCGUUAGUGGUAGCUCAACAGCAUACGUCAUUUCAUGCAGUUGAAUUUCAUCCAGCUGGUGGGAAUUUUUUAGUAACUGCUAAUUCAAAAAGAGGAGCUGCUUUUUGGGAUAUACGUAAACCGCAUCAUCCUGUUAUACAAUAUGGCGGUCAUGUGGAUGAUCCACCAAGUUGUAUGAGUGUACGAUUCAAUACGAGUGGAAGUCUUAUAUUAGCGCUGCGUCGUCGUCUACCACCGAUUCUUUAUAACACACAAUCGCCGGAACCGGUUUGCACAUUUUACCAUGGAAAUUAUUAUAAUUCAUGCACCAUGAAAAGUUGUACAUUUGCGGGAGAAAACGAUGAAUUUGUCCUAUCUGGUUCUGACGAUUUCAACCUUUAUGUAUGGCGUGUGUCCGAUGUGAACUUGGAGAGGACUGAUCAAUGGGUAGAGAAUACACAAAUGGUCUUAUACGGUCAUCGUUCCAUUGUAAAUCAAGUUCGUUACAAUCCCCAAAAAUGUCUCCUAGCCUCUUCUGGAGUUGAAAAGAUUGUGAAGCUUUGGAGUCCGUUUAAUCAGAAAAAUUGGACGGGUUCGUUGUUGGAAAAGGCAAAAUGUCCCGAAAAUCCUAGAGAAUUGUAUUUACCCUAUAAUAUAUCUUCAAUGUCUACGUCACCACAUAGUUGGUCACAUAUGUCACAUGACUAUAGUAGUCGCAAUACCAACGAAGAUCCUCGUAUGAUGGCGUUCUUUGAUUCAUUAAUCCAACAGGAAAUCGAAAGUUGGGAUGCGGAUAGCUCAACAGAUUCCUCACAUAACUCAGACGCCACUCAUUCAUGUUCUAGCUCGAAUGAUAGUUCGGACAGUAGUCUGGAUGAUGAAAGCGAUGAUGACGACGAUGAUGAUGAUGAUGAUGAUGAUGAUGGUGGAGCCACUGCUGCUGAGGUUAUUAGUGUCCCUGUUAGCGUACCUACAGGAAAUGGUGUAAUACGUGAACGUCCCACAAGACAUGUCAAACGUCGUCUCACUAAACGAAAAGAUCUUAAACGCCGUAAAUCCAUGUUAAGAAAAAAAGCUAAACCUCAGCGUCAUGCUUUUGCCAACCGCAUUGCUUACUUAAUUGCCACCAAACGCAGUCGCCUACGUCGUUUAGCAAUAAAAGGGGCCUCUCUGGGAAAUAGGCGACCCUUUAAAAUUAUAAAAGUUUGUGAUAACAGUUCAAGAAAAUGUGAGGCAAGCGGUAGCAAAUCGAUACGCUCUCGUUCACAAGUUAAGCGUCAUCAAGCAUCUCACCGACGGAGUCACAAUUUAUCACGUAGAAAUAAUUUUACUAUCGAUCAAGAUGCGUUAAGUGGCACUAUUGCAUCUACCUCAACUGCAGUGGCAUCUGGUCAGGUAAUCGCCAGUACAACACCAGAAGCAGCAACGAUAGCAGGGGGAACAAACAGUCACCGUUACCAACGUAGAAAAUACAAAAAGCGUAGUGUCUGUGACACAUCCUCUGAUGAUGGAAGAGACAUAUCGGCUUCCGUUUUGACUAUUCCUAAUAAUGCUCCCAGCACAAGCACGGGAAUAACUACAACACUGAAAGAUGACAUAAUUCGUUUAAGGCAACAUCAGCAACACAUAAUUGACUCCGAUGAGUACGAAGACGAAGAGGAGCCAUCGUCAUCAUCGUCGGCGCUUCAACGUCGCAGUCAUAACAUCGCCGAAGUCGAGGUCGAUCCGACCGUACAGCCGACAAAAAAAUUGAAUGGAGUGCGUCGCAUUAAUGACGCUGCAGCCAGGGAGCGUACCAAUAUUCUUAAUGAACCGAAUAUGAAUUCAGAACGUCUGAUUAGUUUUAGCGUGGAGCGUGUCAUCAACGAACACUCUCCCAUCCAUACGAACUCCAGACAAUUGACUGAAAAUCCACAGCUAUUAUCCAGCGACUCUUCUUCCACAACACCCAUUAUAAAUAAUACCGUGUCUGGCGCAAUAGAAUCAACUCAACUACCUCAAACACAAAACGCCGAUUCGCUUUUCAAUAUAAGUAACAUUAGCGAUGGCAGUGUCCACAACAAUCACACCAAUAUUAAUAAUAGUAGCGGGAGUAGCAUCAGCCACAUUGUCAUACCAAGUCGCCGGCGUCGUGCUCACAUGGCGUUUUCGGACAACUACUCGAGUCAUUCGAACUCCAGACUAUCGAACAGUAGUUACGCCGACGAGGCAGUCGAAUCGUCAGCAUCAUCUUCAUAUAUUGUUAGCGAUGUAGUGCCCGAAGCCAACGAAAAUGGUCUAAAUGGCAGCAAUGUUGGAACUAGUGGCAACGACGAUACCACACAUAGUGCACACAUCUAUUCCACGCCACUAAAACGGCGCCGCAUUACCAUAAUACCGACCGGCGAUGAUGGUGAGGUUGGUUCUGACACCGAAGCCGCUACUAAAUGGAAUCACGAUAACAACAACAGCAAUAGCAAUAUGUUACACAACGAUCAUGACUAUCCGAUUAGCAGCAGCAGUAUACAUAACGUCAGCGGCCAUAACAGUUUCCAUCACAACUCAAUGGAACUGAAUGGCAUUUGUGUAGGUGACGACGAUACAACUGAGGUAGCUGCAUCCAGUUUGCAAAAAUUACACCAUAGAAGCAUUAGCAAUGGCAGCGUGAAUAACAAUACCAACAAUGCUAGUCACCACAGCUACGAAUUAAAUCGCGAGCAUAACGCGCAUGCGCACACAUUGUUGCUACGUACUCCCGAUAGUGGUAUCAGUAUAGGUGCCACAGUGACACCCGGCCAAACGAGCACCAUUUGCCCCAGCUCAAGUGAUUCGACAACUAGUCGCUGGCAUCACAGCAACGGCGGAGGCAUGCUCAGUAGCGAUGGCGGGGCAACGCCCAACAACAGUGGAACUGUAAUUAGCCAUCGCAUGUUACCGCUUUGCGACGACAACACAAAUGCGACAAUGGGAUUGUUUCAGCAAAAGGUGGCGCGUGUGCGACGCAAUUAUCGCAAGAAAUUCGCUGAAGACUCUGAUGAAAGUGAUUAAUUGACUGAACAUGAACAUAACUACAAACAAACAAAACGGAAUAGAAACAAAACAUUUUUUUUUUAAGAAAAACGAAAAAAAAGUUUAUAGAUGGUCCACUAUUUACAUGCAUUAAUUGCUAGUUGCUAAUAGAGUACGAAAUCUUUCAGAAUUCAAAAUAAACUUAUAUCAGCCGUAUACAACAUGCUGAUUCGCCGCAUUAUUUGGCUGCAUAACAAAAACAGUAACUCAUUAAAAUUAACUUACAUACGAAACUUAUUUCAUAAGAACAAUUCAAAAUUAAUGACAUUUUCUGUGAAUACCUAAAAGCGUAUAAAUAUACUUACGAAAUUAUUAACCAUUA